AUGGCAAACCCUGUCCCGCAAGAAGAGCUUCCCAUACUCGAGGCAGUCGUGAACAUCCGUAACCGUCUUACUGCUCUCAAGAAGGAUCGCGGGGAGUAUAUCAAGCCUUCCGACGUCAAUGCCCUCUAUCAGCAAAUUGUAAAGCAAGUGACAAAGCUCAACGAUGUCCGAGACGACAAUAGCAACAGCAACAGGCUGGACACCUUGCUUGCCGACGUGUUCAACCUGCUCAGCUUGUUCUAUCUCACCAUCGGCAAGACCAAGGAGUGUCCAGCCACAUAUUCUCAAAUUGCCUCUAUGCGGCAAAUCCUCGAUCAUAUGAAUGAGUCUGCAGUCUAUAAUGAGUCGGACCUCAAGCCAUUCCACCGACGGCUAGGCGAGCUCAGGCAGAUCGUGCAGAAUGAUGCUCAGAGCGGCAAACACCCCGAGGCUAUGAUCAAGCUUCUAGAGCGGCAGCUGAACGAGUGUGAAUCUGUUCUCCGAAAUUUACAAGAGUCUUUGGCCGAGCUUUCGCCCGAGCUCCUACCUAUACAUGCGAAGCUCGUUGACAUCCGUCGCAAGCUGGUGGCUUUGGCAGCGAAGGAGUCGUUCUCCAAGGCAGAUUUGAAACCUCUCCAAGAGGAACUUCGGAAAAUAGAUUCGUUGAGUAGCUUCCCUUUUUUCACCUAUAAACGCGUGGAUGGCAAAUUCCUCGGACCGGGCGGCAUUGUUCCCGCUUCUCAAGCCAUAUGUUCAUCUCUACUGGAGGAGUGUUUCGACAUCGUGCAAGAGAUCCGCGCACAAGAAGAGUCCAAGAAUGUAGCAUCGUCCCUCCGACCUAUCCACGACCGACUCACCCAGAUUCGCGCGGAGCUGGAGAGCCUCGUAUUGACCCAUCGAUGGAGCCUGCGCGAGACCGAUCUUUGGAACUACUCUCUCAGUCUGCAAGAAAUUGACAAGAUGCGUGUCGACGGUAAGUUUGUGGAUUCAGAGGGGAAUCGACCCGAGGGACAAUAUGUCUUGUUGUACCUCCUGAGGCGAUGUUACGGCCUCAUAUACCGGCUACUAUCGUCUAGCGAACCGGUUUCGGAGGAACUGAUGCCUAUCGCGAAUAAGCUUUCCACCGUGAAGAAAUGUCUGAAUGAGGUCCUGAAAUAUGGCGGACCGUUCAGCCCCUACGAUCUAUAUCCUUAUCAGCUGGCACUGCAUCAGAUUGACUCGAUGCGUAAGGAUGGCAAGUUUGUCGGAGCUGACGGCUCAAUACCGGAAGGGCAAGGAAUAGUCAUGGCACACUUGAACGAGUGCCAUGAGCUCUUGGAGAUGCUCAAGGAAGCAAUGGAGGAAGGCGAGGAUGAGGACUUUGACGAGGACCCUGGGGACAUCGAAGACGAUGAAACUGAGGAAUAA